AUGGUCAGUGACAGUUGGAACUCUCCUGUGCAUGGUUCUCCAGAUGUUAUUUUUACUUAUAAGAUGAAGAGGUUGAAGGUGGUGAUGAAAGAGUGGAAUCUUAGAGUUUUUGGCAACAUACGUUCUCGGCUGAAGCAAGACCAACUGCGUUUUGAGACUGCUGCUAGAAAUUCUAACGAGGACCUUAGUAAUAUUAUUAAACUCAAUGCUAUGAAGGAGGCUAUUAUUCGUAUUAGGAGAAGUAACAACACUAUUUCUGAAUUUGUGGAUGCUGAUGGAGAUACCAUUUCCGAGUAUGAUCAUUUGCGUAAUCAUGUGGCGCAGUAUUACGAAGAUAAAUUCAAUGGCCAGGAGUUGGAUUUUGAUGAAAAUUUGUUUGAUUUUGAGCAUCCUAAUGGUUUCUCGGGUUGUUUCUAUCGUCACUGCUGGGAUAUCAUUCAAGAUGAUUUGAUAAAGGCCAUUAUUUAUUGUUGGAAUUCUGGUCAUAUUCCUAAUGGUGUCAACUCUUCUUUGAUUAUUUUGCUGGCCAAGGUAAGAGGUGCUAAUACUCUUCGUAACUUUAGGCCUAUUGGUCUUAGUAAUUUUUUCUUCAAAAUUUUUACUAAGAUAUUAGCUACAAGAUUAAGCAGUGUUUUGGACAAGCUUGUUUCUGAAGAACAGAUAGCUUUUAUGAAGGGUCGUAAUAUCCAUGAAAAUAUCAGUUUGGCUUCGGAAAUGGUUAAUGAGCUUCACAUCAAGCGCAAAGAUGGCAAUAUUGGUCUUAAGCUUGAUAUCUCUCAGGCUUUUGACACGAUGAAUUGGUCUUUUGUCUUGGAAGUUUUUCGAAGGUAUGGCUUCUCUGAGAGGUGGUGUAGGUGGUUGCUGGAUAUUUUAAGUUCUGCUAGAAUCUCUAUUCUUUUGAAUAGCAAUCCGGAAGGUUACUUCAAAAUUAAUAGAGGCUUGCGUCAAGGUGAUCCCCUUUCUCCUUUGAUUUUUGUUUUGAUUGAAGUUGUUCUUAGCAGAAAUAUUACGAAACUCUUUCGUGAUAAGAAAAUGACUCCAAUGGUUAUAAGAAAUGGUAUUUGUCCCACUCAUAUCUUUUUUGCUGAUGACAUUAUGAUUUUUUGCAAAGGAAAUCUAAAAAGUGUGAAUAAUCUUAUUGACUUGUUGGGCAAUUAUCAAGAUGCUUUGGGUCAGACUGUGUGUAGACAAAAAAGUAAGAUUUAUUAUGGAGGGGGAUCUUUGAGUAGGAGAACUUACCUUGCUGAUUUCUUGGGUAUGAGUGUGGCCACUUUUCCGGAUCAUUACUUGGGAGUUAAAAUUAUGCCUGGCACAGUAAGAUAUCAUCACAUUUGUAAUAUGAUUAAGAAAAUUAAAGCUCAGCUUGCUGGUUGGAAAGGGAGACUUCUUUCUUUUCAUGACCGUAUUGUUCUUGUUAAGUCUGUUAUAGCCAGCUACUCUAUUCACAACAUGACAGUCUAUAAAUGGCCUAGAAAGUUCAUUUUGCAAUGUGAAAGGGAAAUUCGUAACUUUAUUUGGUCGGGUGAUUCUAAUAUUAGCCGUGUUGUGGUGGUGGCGUUUGACAAGACAUUCUCAAUGAUCAUACAUUGGAUAAAACAAUUAUGGUUGGUGAUUUUUGGAAUGGCGUCCAAUUGGGACUUCCUUGUUGUUCAUAUGAAACGAUUAGUAGCUGCUGGUGUGGACAUCGCUCAUCUGCCAAUCCCUAAUGGAGGUGAAGAUAGCAGAAUUUGGAUGUCAUAUUUCAAAGGGGAGUUCAACGUCAGCUCUUCCAAGGACUUGAUUCGUCAGAGAUACCCUACUUUGGAAGGAGCUUCUCUAAUCUGGAGGAAGGAAAUUCACCCAGUUUUGGCAGCUCAAAACUGGAAAGUCUUACGUCGUGCUUGUGCUACUUAUGACCUGCUUCAAGAAAGAUUCAAAAUUCAGUUGGCCAAUAAGUGUUGCCUUUGUGGGAAUGAUGAGGAAACUCUAGACCAUGUGCUUUUCGAAUGCAGUUUUGCUGCGCGAGCCUGGAAUUGGAUUGCUGGGAUUUUUGGCUUGUAA